CAAAUCCGCGGCGUUCGGGGCGUGGCCGGGAGCACGUUGGCUCCGCCCCCUGGCGGCUGCCUCAGCGGCGGCCGCCGCGCAGGCUCAGAGCAGACCCCGCCCGGCGAGGAGGAGGGAGGGCCGCCAGUGUCGACAUGCUGCUGGAGGAGGUUCGCGCCGGCGACCGGCUGAGUGGGGCGGCGGCCCGGGGCGACGUGCAGGAGGUGCGCCGCCUUCUGCACCGCGAGCUGGUGCAUCCCGACGCCCUCAACCGCUUCGGCAAGACGGCGCUGCAGGUCAUGAUGUUUGGCAGCACCGCCAUCGCCCUGGAGCUGCUGAAGCAAGGUGCCAGCCCCAAUGUCCAGGACACCUCCGGUACCAGUCCAGUCCAUGACGCAGCCCGCACUGGAUUCCUGGACACCCUGAAGGUCCUAGUGGAGCACGGGGCUGAUGUCAAUGCGCCUGAUGGCACCGGGGCACUUCCAAUCCAUCUGGCAGUUCAAGAGGGUCACACUGCUGUGGUCAGCUUUCUGGCAGCUGAAUCUGAUCUCCAUCGCAGGGACGCCAGGGGUCUCACACCCUUGGAGCUGGCACUGCAGAGAGGAGCUCAGGACCUCGUGGACAUCCUGCAGGGCCACAUGGUGGCCCCGCUGUGAUCUGGGGUCACCUUUUCCAGCAAGAGAACCCCGUGGGGUUAUGUAUCAGAAGAUAGGGGAACAAACACUUUCUCUUCUUUUUUCUCCUGCCCACUGCCGCAGUAGGGGAGGAGCACAGUUUGUGGCUUAUAGGUGUUGGUUUUGGGGUGUGAGUGUUUGGGGGACGUUUCUCAUUUGUUUUUCUCACUCCUUUUGGUGUGUUGGACAGAGAAGGGCUCCUGCAGGCCACAGCCACCCAAACGGUUCAGUUUCUUCUGCGCCCCAGGCUGCUGGGGCCUCAGACAAGACCCAAGGGCAGAGCAUUUAAGAGUGAAGUCAUCACGUCCAGGGAGCCUAGAACCUGGUGACCUUGGCCGGCUGUGCUCAGAGACCUGAAGUGUGCACGUUGCUUCAGGCAUGGGGGGUGGGGGGAGCGUCCCAAAUCAUUAAGAAGGUAGGAUGAGUUAUGAGUUAUUCAUAUUCUGUUGGAAGCUUGUUUUCCAGUCUCUUGUACAGCGUUUUAAAAGAAAUGGAUUCUAUUUAUUAUGCUUUAUUGGAAAAAAUGUUGUAAUAAUUUAAUGUUUUUACCCAUUAAAUUAAGACUUGUGCAUGAUCACAGCA